GGGGCGGGGCCUGGCCCUGCGGAUGGAAGGUGAAGCGUAAAUGACUCGGCGCGCAGCCGCUGCUGCCCUCUGAACUGGAACGGAAAGCAACUUCCGGCUGUAGUCAUUCGGCCGGGCACCGGCGACCUGUGGCGUGGGAGAGUGCCGCGGAAACCCUUCACUACGCUUUGGAGAAGUUAUCAUAAAAGAAGAAAUGAUGGUAUAGAAAGUGAAGUGAUGCAGAGUUGAAGGAAAGAUAAUGCCCUGCUGUUGGCGACUUGGAGCAGGAAAACAAGCACCACUUUCUUGCGAAAAAUCGUUUUGUUCUCUUUGAGAGGGACCGUAAACUCUCAAAUAAUACAGUAGAAUGUGAAACCCCACUAAGUCGUUUCCGAUCAUAGUUGGCAUUCUUACCAUCCUUUAUAGUGAUGCUACAGGACAAAGAGGAAUGGAUAAAAACAUUGGUGAGCAACUCAAUAGAGCAUAUGAAGCCUUCCGACAAGCAUGCAUGGAUAGAGAUUCAGCACUAAGAGAGCUACAGCAAAAGACUGAGAACUAUGAACAAAGAAUACGUGAGCAACAAGAACAGCUGUCAUUUCAACAAACUCUUAUUGACAAGCUAAAAUCACAGCUACUUCUUGUGGAUUCUGGUCGAGAUAACAGUUAUGGCUAUGUUCCUUUGCUUGAAGACAGUGAGAGAAGGAAGAAUCAUUUGACUCUUGAUGAACCACAAGAUAAAGUAAGAAUACUGAGGGAUAAGCAGUCAAAGGUAAGAAGACAAGAAGGUUCUUCUGGAAAAGACCCCUCAAAGGACCUCAGCAGCCCUUCACAUCAGGAAAGGGAUAAUAUAGAGAAGACUUUCUGGGACCUUAAGGAAGAAUUUCAUAGGAUUUGCUUGCUGGCGAAAGCCCAGAAAGACCACUUAAGCAAACUUCACAUACCAGACAUUGCAACUGACACACAGUGCUCUGUGCCUAUCCAGUGCACUGAUAAAACAGACCAACAAGAAGCACUGUUUAAGCCCCAGGCUAAACAUGAUAUAAACAGAGGUACACCGUGUAUCGCAUCUGUUACGCCAAGAGGACUGGGCCGAGAAGAGGAAGACACCUCUUUGGAAUCACUUUCUAAGUUCAAUGUCAAGUUUCCACCUACGGACAGUGACUCUACUUUCUUACACAGCACUCCAGAGACACCGAGCAUUCUUACUCCUGCCAUAUCUGAGGCAGUGUGCCAGGACAAAUUUAAUAUGGAAGUCAGAGACAACCCAGGAAACUUUGGUAAAACAGAAGAAACUUUAUUUGAAAUUCGGGGAAUUGACCCCAUAACUUCAGCUAUACAAAACCUUAAAACAACUGACAAAACAAAAUCCUCAAAUCUUAGAGCUCCGUGUUUGCCAGCUGGAGACCAUAAUGUGUUCUAUGUAAAUACAUUCCCACUUGAGGACCCGCCUGAUGCACCUUUUCCCUCACUGGAUUCCCCAGGAAAAGCUGUCCGAGGACCACAGCAGCCCUUUUGGAAGCCCUUUCUUAACCAAGACACUGACUUAGUGGUACUAACUGGUACAGACUCGGAACGCCUUAAACCUCAAGUGUGUGAAUUCUGUCAAGAGCUUUUCCCACCGUCCAUUACAUCCAGGGGGGAUUUCCUACGGCAUCUUAAUUCACACUUUAAUGGGGAGACUUAAGUCACAUUUGAAAACAGACCUAUCACGUUCUCUGUGGUGAUUCUGGAUUCAUAAUGCUAGAGAAUGCUUGCUUGUAAGCUAAAUUUAAGAUGGUUUAUAAAAGAAAUUCAGUGUCACAGUUAUUUGAAUUUUUUUCUAAACUUGUUAUUUUAUCUUUUAAGAGAUCAUUUUGUAUAAAACUAAUUCAUUAUAUUCAUGUUUACACUAUUAUAAUAAUUCAAAAUUAUGCAUGUGACUUAGAGUUACAUAAUCAUAAUUUAUGUCUCAAAUCCCUACGCUUAUUGUUUGACUCAUGACAUCUAUUAAAUUUGGUAAAACCAAAUGUUUAUAGGGUAUUGUGUAUAGGAUUUCACAUGAAUUUUUAAAUUAUUUAUGCUACAGCUAAUGUUCUUUUAAAAUACAUAAUAUAAUUUAUAGAGAAUAGCAGACAAUAUAAUCAUCUAAAUAGCGAAUCAGACAUUAGUUACCCAGUGAAAAUUAUUUAAACAUUUUAGAUCAUUUUUAAAUAAUACACAUGGUUUUAAUUUUUACUAUGUGUAUAGAUGCAUGAUUAAAUGAGUUAAAUAUUAAAAUUUACAUAUGUUGUGAUAAUUAAAAGUGUUCUCUUUUUCUGAGGUAAAUAAAUAAAUGACAUUUGGGGAACGUUCAUAAAA